AUGGCGGAGCGGAUACUGAAUCGCGAGCGCAAUCGCGAGCGUCGGGCGCGGGCGAGGACGAUGGAGGGCGACGCGGACGGAGCGGGCGGCGGCGGCGAGCGGUUCGGGAGCGCGUUCGCGUCGUCGAGCGCGACGCGCGCGCUCGAGCGAGAGAACGCGGGUAGAAAGAUGAGCGAUGAGGCGUGGCGCAGGGCGAUGUUCGCGGGGUGGGGACGGGUGCGGGAGGACGAUGACGAGGCGCCGGUCGAGCGGGUGGCAGAGCGCGGUGAGGAGAGCGCGCGGGCGGAGGUGCCAACGUUCAUCGUCGAUGUCGACGAGUACGGGUCCAAUCGAGGAGAUUCAACGGCGUUCAUCUCACAGAGCGAGUACGUCGCUCGCGUCGCCGAGUUUGAGCGCGUCAUGCGCGAGCGCUUUCUCGACGGCUUGGAUGAAAACUUUGACUACGCACGCGUCGACAACGAUCCGGCGCAGGACGCGCACUGGCGUCGAGAGAUGGACCAAGACGUCGAAGAUGCGUAUUUCGACGCCGACUGA